CGUCCAUCUCUGUCUUUGCUUCUUCUCUGUCUAUUGUACUCAGUUAUAUGCAGAUAUCAUUUUCAAAAUAAAUAAAUAAAUAAAUAUCACUUUCUCUUAGCUAAUUUUACUCACAGCAUUCAAUUUUAGGGUUCUUGGAAUCACAAUCACAACUCUCAAUUCAACAACAACAACAAACAAGAAACUACAACAAAGAAGAAAAAGGAAGGCUUUUCAGUGAAACCCCAGUCAAUUAUUCCUUUUGUUUUUGGCAGCGGAAUUGAUAGGGCUUAAUUCAAUUCAAAAUUUUGUUUUUGUUUUUGUUUUUGGGACUUUGCUAAAUUUUCUGUGGAACCAAGCAAGGGACAAAAUGGCAUGCCAGGCAAUGCAUUCAUGGACAUUUGGUGGGUUAGUUGGGGCUUUUCUUGACCUUGCUAUUGCUUAUCUUUUACUCUGUGCGUCAACUCUUGCUUUUAUGGCCUCGAAAUUUCUGGGUUUCUUUGGACUCUGCUUGCCAUGUCCUUGUAAUGGACUGUUUGGCAAUCCCAAGGGCAGUUAUUGUUUGCAGAGACUAUUAGUUGAUUUCCCAAUUGAGACUGUCUCUUCUGUUCAAUUGUCUGUGAAGAGCAAGUUGCCCUUCAGUUCAAUUUGGGAAAAGGACCAAAAUUAUCAUUUGAAUUUGAAGGUAAUUAGAGAUAGGGACAGUUAUGUUGAAGGUUUAAUUGAAAUGGAAGGCGAUGCAUCGUGUAGCUCAAUAUCUGGCACCGGGAAGUCAGAAAAUGUGUCUGAAAGGGACUUGGUUCUGAGGAAUGAAUCGGAUGUGGGGCUUGGUGUAGUGAAUUCAUCACUCCAUGUCAAAGAGGGAAGGUUUGAUCUUAAGGGUAAGGGGAUUAUAAAUCAAAGGCCAAGGAGUGGUCUUAGGCGUAGUCGAAAACGUGUUACUGAUUUUGGGAAAGUUUCUUCUGUUUCAUCAGAGAAUCCUUCAUGUGCAGAUGCUCAGUCACCUUUUAGCAUCAUUCAUAAAGGGGGUGAGGAGAUUGAACUCAGCUCAGUGCCUUUUGAUUCUGGGGUUGAUGCUAAUCGCUUUCACUACGAUGAGGAGGAUCAUGUUAUGGGGAAUAUUGUGGAGAGAGCUUCACAUGGUUUUGACCUGAUUGAACCUUUUGAUGAAGAUAAGCCGGCUGAGAAGAAUGCAUCUUUUGAAGAGAUAAAGAGUAAUGCACAAAGGGAGCUGGAUUUUGAUGGUAAUGAGAAAAAUGCAAUCAGAAUCUUGGAACAAGCACUUGAAGAAGAGCAGGCUGCUCGUGCAGCUCUUUACCUUGAGCUUGAGAAAGAGAGAAGUGCUGCUGCUUCGGCUGCAGACGAGGCCAUGGCUAUGAUACUGCGUCUACAAGAGGAGAAGGCAUCUAUAGGAAUGGAAGCUCGGCAAUACCAGAGGAUAAUAGAAGAGAAAUCUGCCUAUGAUGCUGAAGAAAUGAACAUUCUCAAAGAAAUCCUUGUGAGGAGAGAGACGGAGAAGCAUUUCUUGGAAAAGGAAGUUGAAGCUUAUAUACAGAUGAUUUAUGAUGGAAAUCAGCAGUUACAAGAUGAUAUUCAGAGUAUGGAGAACAAACAGAGAGAACAACUUUCUUCGCCACUUGAUCUGGGUGAGGAGGAUACAUUCCUGAUGCUCCAACAGCUUAGCAAAUCCAUUGAUAAGAAGGAAAUAAUGAAAGAAAAAAGUUCAGUUAAUAAGGCUUCGUCUAUUAAUGAAAAACACUGUGCCCUUGCUGUUGGGGAGAAAUUACAAAUUUCAGGAUGGGAUGGACCACCUGAUUUUUCAAAGCCAGUAGACCUAGACAAACAAUUUUCAGAGACAUUGACUAGUUCUGAGGAACACAAUUUUUCAGAGAAAACCAUACUCUUAUCAGGUGAACAAGAAGAGCAAGACAUUAAUGCCCAUGAAUGCAAAGGAAUGGCAAUAAAGACUGUUGAAACCCAUAAUGUACCUGACAUAGAUAUUCCAUAUGAUGGCGAAAUUUUAGAGCAGCAUGGAAAAAAAGCAUCUCAGGGAAGCAAAGAUCCUGGCAACUUGAUACUUGAUAGGGAGCCUUGUAUUCAUGACGUUCAUGUCAUUGAUGGUGAAUCCAAUUUGUUUAAUGAGAUCAGAGAAAACAAAAAUGAAUUGCUCUUGGAGAAUGACAUUUCAAAUGUUCACAGAAUAAACGAUAUGCCAUUAAAAGGUUCUGAGGUUCAGAGGAUAGAUGUCAAAACCGAUUGUUCAAGCACUAGUGGGAUGAACACUGAGCCAGACAUUGACAGAAGCAGUUCAGAUAUGACACCUGGGCUGCCACCUUUAUGUGGGAAAUCUAUACCUUCUAAUCUGCAGAGAAAUUCCACACCAGUAGUUGAGAAUGAAAGGUUGAAAAUUGAUUCGGAAGUUGAAUGGCUCAGAGAAAGGUUAAGGAUUGUGCAAGAAGGAAGAGAAAAGCUCAACUUCCCGGUGGAGCAUCAGGAAAGGGAAAAUUUUCAAUUGCAACUUCUGGAGGAUAUAGCAUGCCAACUUCGAGAGAUUCGGCAACUAACAGAACCUGGAAAGGCAGUGCGCCAGGCUUCCUUGCCCCUGUUAUCCCCGAAGGUUCUGUCAAAGAAAAGGCGCCAUCGAAGUGUAUCUUUAGGAGUUCACAAAAACUCAUAAGAUCUGCUGGGGAUCCUCUCUAUCAGAAGCCUCAUGAUCAACAUCCACAAAGCGUGUGAUUGGUCUGAUCAUUUCCUGGAGAUGGUAGAAUUGCAGCAUCAAGUAGAUAGGAGAGGUAUAUAGAAACUAGUUUUGUCUCAUUGGUGUUGUAAGCAAUUAGGCUACAAAGUUUCCCUAAUAAAGUAGUCGACAAAAGUCUCGGUUAGUAAUAGAUCCCCUCCCCUCUAUUUUUUCUUCUUUUUUAUUUUUUUGGGUUCAAUAUGUUGUAUAAAGUUAGCAAUGAAGGUGGGGUGUGGUAUGAUGACCAACAGCUUGUAUGUCUACAAAGUAGUUUCUCAAAAUCCAUUUCCUGGUUGUGGUGAAAUGUAUAUAUUUAUUUGUACAUUUUAAUGCUAUGUAUGUUGGCUGGGAAAA